GGCCGCUGGUCUGUUUUGGUGAAUGUGUUAGUGUUUUCCAUGAACAAUGUCUUCUGUCCAGCUUCAACGGAAGGUUAUCAACGAGCAGUUAACUACGGCUGAAGAAACGUUCAGAGUAUUUUUCACCAAAUAGGGACGAAACUCCAGUGUUUGGACGCAGGUUGCGGUCUUAAUAUAUGACGCUUUAAUAACUUUUUCCCUCUUGUAUAAAUAUUUUCUUAAGAGUAGAACAAACAUCACAAUUAUGCUGUUAAAACUCCUGAUGUAGAGAGAAAAUUAAACAAACGGAGCAAAAGGGGAGUAGAAACUCUUGAGUUGGGUUUUUGACGUCAUAUCCGAGGUAAAAAACAAAAAAAACCGUUGUGUGUAUUCAUAAUGGAGCUUACCGGAGGGGCCGCGUCUCAUUGGCUGAUGCCCAUUCUAUUUUUAGCGCGGCUACCACGUGCGUGGCCGUCUCACAAACACACGCUUCCCGACUAGCAGGACUAGCAGACCAGCAGAAAGUUUUUGCAUCAACAAUCGGAAAAUAAUGGUUCUCCAUUGCCAGUGGGGUAUCUGUACUGGUGAUGUCCGGUAUCCUGAUCGUAUCUGCGGUAGUAAAAUUCACAGAUUUCCGAAACCAGAAGCAGAAUGCCUUGCUUGGAUCAAAGCUUGUGGACGACCGCAUGAGCAGCUCAACCUUUGCAGGAUCAACAAGAACAAAGGAGUGUGUGCUGGUCAUUUUGUUGGCGGGAAUGGGCCAACAGCGUCCCAUCCUUAUCCAGCACAAGCAGACAGAAUCCGAGUGCGUAAAGCAAGGCCUACACGAAAAAGAGCAUCAGAAAGUGAAAGUAGACAAGACGGUCAAGACAAGAGACCAUGGAUUGGAGCAGGCAGCUUGGAUCCCUACGAUGCUGCGGUGAACAAUGAUGCAGACAAAGGGAUAGAGGUGCAAACAGAUGAACAGUGGAUUUCGCCGCUGGAUAUGCUGGCGCUGACUGCAGAGUUGGAAAUGGCAAAAACAGAAAUCAGUCGCUUACAAGCAAAAGUGGAACAUUUAGAAACAGACCUACAGAAAGAGAAGAGGGCCGUACAGCAAGAACAGGAACGAAAACAGUUUGCUUGCCGGCUACAAGAUGUUUAUAAGGAGGAGUUAUGUAAACAGGAGAGGAGAUCCACUCUGGACCAGGAGGCGUUUGAACCUCUGCAGGUGAAAAAGGAAGAAGAGCCAGAAGAUCAGCACAUAAAAGAAGAGCAGGAGGAUCUAGAAUAUCAGCAGAUAAAAGUGGAAGAGAUCGAAGUUUCCUGCAGUCAGGGUGAAGAACAGCUUGAGUUAAAACAGGAGACUGAUACCUAUCAUGAGCAAAUGUACCACACUAAAUCAGAACCAAACUGGAUCCAAGUCAUCUUUCAGGGAGCUGCUGAAACAGAGAACUAAAAUCAGGAAAGGAGCAAGCCUAGCGACUUUGGAGCAAAAAAAAGCAUCUCUCCUAUUGGUCAACAUCAAAACACAAAAGUCCAGAUCCAAAACUUUGUGUUGUAUUUCUGAUACGCCUGUAAAUCUGAGGCACAAAUGAGAUCUGCAAACUGCAGCAAUGGACAAGAAAGCCACUUUACUGAACACAUUGGGGGUUAAUUUUUGCUUCACACAUUCACCUUUUUUCUCACUGUCUGCAGUUAAAAUAGAGCAGAAUUCCCUUGUCUUAAAUAAAAAUGAAGCUGUGCUCAAAUCUGCAGGUGAAAUUAUAUAUAUGUUUAGAGAAGACAUAAAGCAGCAGCAAAGAUAGAGAGAUAAUGCAUCGAAAUGACAGCUAUACAGAUGUCAAAAUAAAUACGUUUACAAGGAGUAGAAGAACUAGGGGAUAAUAGAUAAGAUUUUUUUUUUACCUCUAAUGGAAAUAUGUGUCAAGUGGGACUAGAGAGCUGAGGUCUACUUGCUUUUCAUUGUUUUAUUUAGAUGAAGUCGAAAAGAAAAAAUACUAUUUUACGUUUUUUAAGAGAACUGCUCAGAAUAAAAGAAAGUAACCUUAUAAAUUUUUAGAUGAUGGUAUGAUCCAGAAGGUGGCGGUAAAGCAACAAUGUGGAUGCCAACAUUCAUAAAAGAAGAAGACGGUCCACGAUCUGUUGUUGAAUGUGCUAGUGUUUUUCUGUAAUAAACAAAAAAAAAAACCUAAAUAAAAUAAAUGCAUUCAGUGUUUUUAAUGUCUCCCGAUGAAGAAACAUU